AUGCUCAAAUUAAACUUCGAGAGGGUGCUGUUACCAGCCGUGCCACGUCAGCCCAAGUCGCUGAGUGUGCGCUCCGACCACUUUCUCUGCCCGGUGACGUGCGUAAACCCGCUCGCGUUCGCUGAAGGCGAUUCGGAAGCGUUCAAUGAGGAGGAGAUAGAUGGGAGGACUCAAUUUCGGAGAUUCGAUCUGGUGUGGGGUCAUGGGGACGCCACUCAAUUCGCCCAGCCGGGCUCGUCCACCCCCACUCCGCAAACCCCUCCGCCUCCGUGUGUUCUUGCGCCUCCCCCUCCGCCACCCCCUCCCCUUCCGCGUGUUCCUGCGCCCUCUCCGCCCCCCUCUCCCCCUCCGCGUGCUCCUUCGCCCCCUCCGCCACCCCCUCCCCUUCCGCGUGUUCCUGCGCCUCCCCAUCCGCCACCCCCUCCCCCUCCGCGUGUUCCUGCCCCCCCUCCGCCACCCUCUCCCCCUCCGCGUGUUCCUGCGCCUCCUCCUCCCCGCUCUCCCCCUCCGCGUGUUCCUGCGGCCCCUCCUCCGCAACCUCCUCCCCCGCCACGUGUUCAUGCGCCCCCUCCGCCGCCCUCUCCCCCUCCGCGUGUUCCUGCGCCCCCUCCUCCGCCACCCCCUCCCCCUCUGCGUGUUCCUCCGCCCCCUCCGCCCCUCCCUCUCCCUCCGCGUGUUCCUCCGCCCCCUCCGCCCCUCCCAUCCCCUCCGCGUGUUCCUGCACCUCCCCUGCCGCCUUUCCGUCCUCCUUGGAUCGCUCCCCCGCCGCGGCCUCCCCCGUUGUGCGCGCCCCAUCGGCAGCCAGUGUUCCUCUCCGCCCGUGACCUGCUUUCAAUCGCCGCCGCGCUCCCUAAUAUCCGCGCCUUAAACCUCGACGCGCCGGGGGACUACACUGCUGAGUCCAUAGAGCACGUGGCCAGCAAGCUUCCGCGCCUGACAGGCCUCUCGCUCUGCUCGGAUUCAAUCACCUGGGAGACGCUCUCUCUCCUCCUCGCGCUCCUCCCGUCGCUGCAGCGCCUCUCUCUCGUGUCCUACCGCCUCGAGCCCCUUCCGCAGAACCAGCAGCGCGAGGCGGCACGCGCAGCGGCAGAGCACCGCGGAGUACGGGCGAGGGGGUCGGCCGAUGCAGCUGAUGAUGCUGCGGCGGCUUUAGAGACGUCUCAAAUGUCAGCCGAUGCAGCCGAUGAUAAUGCGGCGGCUGCUCUUCUGGCUCACCUCUCCUCGCUCGCCGAGGCACCCCCGAAGGCCGACAACCCCUUCUCGUGCGCGUCAGGGUCAUCUCUCGCGCCCUGCCUCUCCUCCAUCCGUCUAUAUAUCACCCCCCAUCACUCCGUUGCCUGGCAUCUGCUUCCCGCCUCCUCCCUCCUGCUCGCCCUCUCUGCUAACUGCGUCGCCACUGGAGCACAGACCAGCAGCACCAUCACCAGCAGCAGCGUCAUCACUGGCAGCAGCAGCAGCAGCAGCAGCAGCAGCAGCAGCAGCGGCGGCGGCGGCGGCAAUGGCGGCAGCCAGUGCCUCUCACCUCCGUCCUCCUCCUCCUCCUCCUCCUCCUCCUCCUCCUCCUCCUCCUCCUCCUCUUCCUCCUCCUCCUCCUCCUCCUCCUCCUCCUCCUCCUCCUCUUCCUCCUCCUCCUCCUCCUCCUCCUCCUCCUCCUCCUCCUCCUCCUCCUCCUCCUCCUCCUCCUCCUCUCUGCGCUCCUUUCACGCCCACACUUCCUCCCUGUCCACGUGGCAACUCGUGGGCCCCUUGCUCCGCCACCUCACCACUCUCGAUCUCUCCCAAACCGCAUCCUCAUGCUGCCCUCCUCCUCUCCUAAGCGGCAUAUCCAAUUGCCCAACUGCGAGCGGCGAGGCAGCUCUCUGCCAGUCCAUCCGCUGCCUGCCUCUCCUGCAGCGCCUCGCCCUCCCCUGCGCCACAGACGCCCUUCUGCUGCAAAUCUCCCACUCCUGCCCGAACCUCACCGCCUUGCACGCCCAGCCGCUAGCUCGCUUCGUUGCGGUCGGCCCUGCUGCUGCCAGGAAUCCUGAAAUUAACGUUCUCUACUGGCCCUCAUCCUAUGCCAGGACCUUCCUCCAUGUUGCCUCCCCUCCCCUCCAACCGCUGGUCACCGAUGCUGGUGUGGUGGCCCUUGCGAACGGAUGCACGCGAUUGGUGCAGCUGAGUCUGGGCGGCUGUGAGAACGUGGGGCCAGUGGGGCUGCGCCAGCUGGCGAGGCGAUGCGGGUGGCUGGAGGUGCUGCGGCUGGCGCGGACGGCGGUGGAUGAUGCUGCUGUCGUGGCGGCCCUGUUUGGCGACAGCUGGCGCGGCGGCGGCGUGGCUUUGAAUGCUGCUGCUGGCAGUGCUGCUGCCGCUGCUUCUGAGCGUACCCCUGAAAUUUCACCUGGUGCAGGCAGUGCUUCUGAGUGUACCCCUGAAAUUUCACCUGGUGCAGGCAGUGCUUCUGAGUGUACCCCUGAGCUUUCACCUAGUCCCAACGCAACUACUGGUGAAGGCAAUGCCUCCGGUGCGCCGCUGCAGCUGCAGCUGCCGCGGCUGGUUCUUCUGGACCUAUAUGGAUGCCCGGGUGUGUCCUCUGCCCUCCUGCUCGCUCUCUUAGCAGCAGCCAGAGAGCUUGCUGGUAACAGGGAGAAGGGCAGGAACAAUGGGGUGGCUCACGUGGUGGCGGUGGAUGGGGAGUGUGAGGAGCAGGAGGCAAUUUCAGGCAAGGGUGUGGGGCAUGAGGAGGAAAGGGUAACUAGCUCUCUCGUGCUACUUUCCCACUCCCCCUUGCGCGGCUCCCCCUUCCCUUCUCGCUGCUUCCUCACUCACCCCUGCGCUGCUCCCCCUUCCCUACUCGCUGCUUCCCUGCUCCCCCAUACGCUGCUCCCCCUUCUCUACUCGCUGCUUCCCUGCUCCCCCAUAAGUUGCUCCCCCUUCCCUACUUGCUGCUUCCCCGCUCCCCCCUGCACUGCUCUUCCUUCCCAACCCUUCUGCUUCCCCAACCCCCCUGCACUGCUCCCCUUUCCCCGCACACUGCUUUCCCCCUUCCCUACGCGAAGCUUUUUCCAUUCCCAGCGCGCUGCUCCUAAAAUACACACGCACCGACAAUGGGCCACACACCGAACGGCAAGUAAGGCCUCCGCAGCUCUUCUUCUCCCAUCCCUUUCUCCCCACUCUCCUGACCCUCCCUUAGCCCCCCUCCUGUCCCCUCUUUCAUACUCCCGUUCAUUCCUCUCCCUUCCUUCCUUCCCCCCCUCUUUUUCCGCCUCUCCCAUCCCCCCCUUGCCCUUCCUCCAUUCCCCGCUUGUCCAUCCCUCCGUUUUCCCUUUUCCUCCAUUUACCACUUGUCGUUCCCUUCGAUUUCCCCCGCAUUCCCACUACUCCCCAUUGCCAUCGUUUCGGUAUCCCCUUGCCCUUCCCCCUGAUCCCCAUAUGUGCUUCGUUCCGUCCCCCCCAUGCCCAUUUCCCUCCGUUUCCUCCCUUGUCCUUCCCUCCCUUUCCUUCUUGUCCUUCCCUUCGUUCCCCCUUGCCCGUUUUCCCCCACUUAACCCAUUGCCUUUCUCACCGUUUCCCCCAUGCCCUUCCGUCCAUUUCACCCUUCCCCUCUGUACUUUCACCACACUUCCCUCCCACCUCUCUCCUUCCUUUCCUCCCUGCCUAUAUUUCCCUCUGCCUUUGAACCCGCCCUUUCCUCCCUGCCUCUCUUCUUCCAUCUCUCCCCGCCCUUCUCCACCUCAGUUUUCCCUUCUCCCUAUGCACAUUCGUCGUUUCCCUUUCUGCCUCCCUUAUAACCACAACCCUCUCUGGCUCACUCCUCCCGCCCCACUUCCCCCCCCUCCGCUUUUCCGCCUCUCUCCUCUCUUCCCAUCCCUGCACAUUCCUGCGCCACACCCCCUCUGUUUCCCCUUUUUCCUUGCCCUCUGCCCCCGUCGGGCCGACACCCUCUACCCUGCCCCGCCCUUCUCCCAAGUGUUCUCCCUUAACCGCAUGCACUCUGCUCAAGGAGAUAGGUAUCCAUGA